AUGUGGAUGCUGGCCUUAGGUGGAGUUUUCCUGGCGACAGCCCAGGCCUGUGUCCUCUGCCACCUCCCAGACCGUGACUUGGCGGGACGCCUGGCUAAACUCUGCAGCCGAGUAGAAGCUCGGUGGAAGGACUGUAGGGCCUCCUGGAGCUUCCCUGCCUUUGCCUUAGAUGAGACGUCCAUGAACAAUGUCAUAGAGAAGACUCACAGAGUCCUGAGGGUCAUGGAGAUCAAAGGGUCUCUCUCCUCUCUCCCUUUGUAUCGGCAUUGGCUGCAAAACACCAAGCUCCCCGCCUACACCAGGGAAGCUCUCUGUGCGCCUGCCUGCCGGGGCAGCACCGUCGUGUACAACUGCUCCACCUGCCAGGAACUCGACGUCUGCUGCUGGCCCCGAAAGCGCUGCCUCCCAGGAAGUCACGAUCUCUGGGAAGCCAGGGUUCUGCUCCUCGCUCUCCUGGUGGCUGCCUUCCUGCUGGGUGUUCUGAGCCUCAUGGUGGAGUGA